AUGGUUAAUAUCAGAACACCACUAUCUGAUUUAACUUCAUCAAUCUUUAAUGAAAGAAAUAUGAGUUCACCUUCACCAGCAUCUGCAUCAAGCAACUCAAGUACAAUGAAGAGUUUCAAUAUUGUUUCUACAAAUCAACUGGCUGCUUCAGCACGACAGCGGAGGAAAAGUAUUAUGGAAGCUUCCUCAUGUUCUAACCAAAGAAACAUAAAACCUCAUGCACCGCCAAGUUGUUCUAUUCAAAAAUCAAAAAAACAGUUGACUGUUACACCUCUUUCUGAUAUAACUUCCUCAUUUUCUAAUCAAAGAAAUAUGGAACCUCAUGAACAUCCAAGUAGUUAUGUUUAUAAAUCAAAAAAACAGUUGAAUGUAGGUGUUAUUCAAUCCAUGACGGUCAAACUCUUCAAUUAUUUUGGAAAUGAGAAUCAUAAUCUGGCUUUUUCAUCCACAAGCAAUAUUCCUAUACAAGAACCCACAACAUUCACUUCAACUCUAGAUGUUAACAUUGAGAGUGAUUACUCUGGUGAUGAGACGGUAACAGAUGAUUCUCUCAGUGAUAGCUCAUGUGAAUUCAAUGCCGCAGAUGCAAAUUAUGACUCAAGUUCCAGCUAUGAUGACGAAGAUGUCUAUGACUCCAAUUCUACAUCAUUUGAUUCUUUAAAUAUUGGUUAUUCUGAUAUUGGUGAUCCUAUAGUUGAAUGCACACAAUGUGGGGCACUUAUGUGGUAUCAAGAAAAAACUGACAAGCGAAAACAUAGUGCAGUUCCUAAGUUUCAACUAUGUUGUGGAAAGGGGAAAGUUGUGUUGCCACUUCUGAAAACACCACCACUAUUACUACAACGUCUUUUGUUUGAUAAUAGUGAGAUAGACAGUCGAAAUUAUCAACAAUUUUGUAGAAUGUACAACAUGAUAUUUGCUUUUACGUCUCCGAGAAUGAAAUUCGACAACAGAUUUUUAGCUGGAAGUGGACCACCUAACAUAAGAAUUCAUGGACAGACUUGCCAUCGAAUUGGGAGCAUGUUACCUUUAACUGGACAAUCUCCAAAAUUUGCUCAACUGUAUGUUUACGACACCGACAAUGAGAUUCAACAUAGAAUUAAAGGAAUUGGGAAUAACCCCAAUAUUAUUCCAGAAACAAUUAGUAGAUUGAAGGACAUGUUAGAUGAGUUCAACACACAUGCCAAAUCUUUUAGGAUGGCAGCAGAUAGAUUAAAGGAUUGUCCUUUGCCUGAUCUCAAGCUUAAGCUAAUAUCUGAUAGAUCAACAGAUGGAAGGAUUUAUAACCAACCUACUGUUUCGGAGGUAGCCGCCCUAAUAGUUGGUGAUGUUGAUACGGGUUCUAAGAGGGAUAUUCUUCUUGAAAGAAAGAGCGGAAGGCUAAAAAGAAUAAGUGAGUUUCAUUCAAGUUAUCUGGAAUAUCAAUAUCCACUUUUGUUUCCUUAUGGGGAAGAUGGUUUUAGACUUGGAGUUCUUCUUAGAGAAACUAAUACCAAAAAAAAAAUGAAGAGGAAUAAGCUUACCAUUAGAGAAUGGCUUGCUUUUAGGAUUCAAUGCAGACAUAACGAGGCACAAACUAUAUUGCGGUCAAGAAGGUUGUUUCAACAAUUUUUGGUUGAUGGAUUUACUAUGAUGGAGUCACAAAGAUUGAAUUAUAUUCGAAAACAUCAGAAAAAGCUGCGUGUUUCUAAAUAUUGCAAUUUGAGCUCAUCUGAACAGAAUGCAAACACUCAAGGAUCAAACAAAGGUAAAAGAGUGGUUUUACCUUCAACUUAUGUUGGAAGUCGGAGGUUUAUGGAACAACUCUAUUUUGAUGGAAUGGCAAUUUGUAGCCAAGUUGGAUUUCCAGAUCUUUUUAUCAUAUUUACUUGCAAUCCCAACUGGCCUGAAAUCCAAAGGUUGCUUAGCAAAAUUAACUUGAAUUCUCAAGACCGUCAAGAUAUCAUCUCAAGAGUCUUCAAAAUUAAGUUCGAUGAGUUGUUGUGUGAUCUAACAAAAAAGCACGUGUUAGGGAGAGUGAUUGCAUAUAUAUACACCAUUGAACUCCAAAAGCGGGGUUUACCACACGCCCAUAUACUAUUAUCCUUCCAUCCUUCAAGCAAGUAUCCGACUCCAGAUGAUAUAAACAAGAUCAUUUCAGCAGAGAUACCAACGAAAGAAGAUGAUAGGCAACUCUACCAUUUGGUCAAGACACAUAUGAUUCAUGGCCCAUGUGGUUUAGCAAAUGCGAAUUCAACUUGCAUGAAAAAUGGAAAGUGCUCAAAAUACUUUCUAAAGAAAUAUCAAACCGAAACCAUUGUUGAUCAGGAUGGAUAUCCCGUGUACCGAAGAAGAGAAACUGGUAAUACAGUGCUGAAAAAACACGUUCAAAUUGUUAACAGAUAUGUAGUUCCUUACAAUCCAUAUUUGUUGAAGAAAUUCCAAGCACACAUCAAUAUGGAGUGGUGUAAUCAAAGUACUUCAGUUAAAUACUUAUUUAAGUAUAUUAACAAGGGGUAUGAUAGAAUUACUGCUGCUGUUGUCCAAACUGACGGUGAUGGAUCUCCCUCGGUCAGAAUGGUUGACGAAAUCAAGCAAUAUCUUGAUUGCAGAUAUAUCUCACCAAGUGAGGCAUGUUGGAGACUUUUUUCAUUUCCUAUUCAUGGUAGAUCACCCGCAGUUGAAAGGUUGUUCUUUCAUCUUGAAGGAGACAACUCUGUUUAUUAUACCGAUUAUGAAUUGAUAGAUGAGGUGCUUGACAAACCAACUGUGAAAGAAUCUAUGUUUACGGCAUGGAUGGAAGCAAACAAAGCAUACCCAGAGGCAAAGAAUUUGUCGUACUCACAAUUUCUUUCCAAAUUUGUUUAUGAUAAAAGAUAUCGUCGAUGGAGACCGCGUAAAAGAGGAAAUACAAUUGGCAGACUUAUUUGGGUCCCUCCAAGUACGGGUGAGUUAUAUUUCUUGAGAAUGAUGCUAACAGUCGUCAAAGGUCCAACUUGCUAUGAGGAUAUAAAAUUUGUGGGUGGAAAAGUUCAGGAUUCUUUUAGGGAUGCAUGCUUCGAAAUGGGCUUUCUUAACGAUGACAAGGAAUAUGUUGCAGCCAUCGACGAAGCAAAGAAUUGGGGUUCCGGGCAUUUUUUACGAAAGUUAUUUGUCACUAUGUUACUAUCCGGUACUGUCAAUAGACCACGACAUGUUUGGGAAAAAACUUGGAGGACGUUAUCUGAUGGUAUCCUCUACCAACAAAGGCAAAAAACAAAUAGAAGAGAAUUGCAGCUAUCGGACAAUGAGUUAAAGAAUCUCACACUAAUUGAGAUUGAGAACAUGAUGCAAUCGAAUCGAAGAACUUUGCAUGAAUUUAAAUGUAUGCCGUAUCCAGAUUCAUACAUCACAAAACAUGUUGGCAAUAGGCUUAUUUAUGACGAACUUAAUUACGAUGCCGAUACCGAGAAACAGAAAUUCCAAGAACUUUUUCAUGCCCUUACAGAUGAACAACGAAAAGCUAUUCUUGCUUCAACCAUUGAAGUUGUGGACAAAAUCAAUCAUUAUGUAUUAGACUUGAUACCAGGAGAAGAGAAAGAGUAUUUGAGUUUUGAUUCCAUUGAUAGAACAGAUUCAAGUUAUACUGAAGCAUAUGAAGUUCUAACUCCUGAAUUUCUCAGUAAAUUAAGAACGUCAGGGCUUCCCAAUCAUAGGAUCAAAUUGAAGGUUGGUACACCUAUUAUGCUAAUGAGAAAUUUGGACCAAGCCGAUGGGUUGUGCAACAGAACAAGAUUAAUUGUUACAAGAUUUGCAAAUCAUGUCAUUGAGGCAAAAAUCAUGUCUGGAAAGAACAUAGGUAACAUUUUUUACAUUCCACGAAUGUCUAUGUCACCUUCUGAUUCACCUUGGCCAUUCAAGUUGAUUAGGAGACAAUUUCCGAUUAUUGUCUCCUAUGCAAUGACAAUUAAUAAGUCACAAGGUCAAUCUCUUGAUAGUGUUGGAUUGUAUUUGCCUACUCCUGUGUUUAGUCAUGGUCAAUUAUAUGUUGCAAUUUCAAGAGUUAAGAGCAAAAGUGGGCUAAAAAUCCCAAUUCAUGAUAAGGAGAAUGUACCGUGUUCUACUACUACUAAUGUUGUGUACAAGGAAGUCUUUCAAGCACUUUGA